AUGGUCAAUAACAAGAAGAAUAACAAGAAAACAUCAGCCAUUGCUUCCGAAGUUGCUGGAUCAUCAUCAAAACCAUCAUCAAAGAAGACCACCACAACAGCUCCUCCAGCAGCUCCUGUUGCUACAGAAGUAGUAGUUGAAAAAGUAGAAAAAGCCACACCAACAACAACAACAAUAGAAAAGAAGCAAACAAAGAAGGCAACAACAACUAAAACAACACAAGAAAAGAAGAAUCCUGAUGUUGCUGCUGAUAAGAAGAGAAAAUUGGAUCAAGUUGUUGAAGAACCAGCUAAAAAGAAGGAAGAAACAAAGUCUUCUGCAGUAGUUGUUGAAAAAUCAUCAAAGAAACAAAAGAAAGAAACAAAGCCAGCAGUUGUUGUUGAAGAACCAAAGGAAGAAGAAGAAACUGAAGUUGUUGUUGAAGAUGAAAAGGAAGAAAAGAAAAAGAACAAACGUAAGGAAGCCAAAACUGAUAUUGAAGUCACACUGAGAAAGGAAGAUAUUACAAUGAGUGAAGAGGAAUUUAAAAAGUGUUUCCAUGAUGCUGUGAAAAUAUAUAGAGGAUCCAAACGAUGUGUUAUUGUGCAUUUGAGAGAUUCCGCUCAAUUGGAAAAGUAUUUGAGCAAGGAAGGUGAGGAUGGUUCAUUAAUUCCAUUGAAUAAGAAUUUUGUUGAAGUUGGAGGAAAGAUUUUUGAAGUUAAGAGAGCUAAGGUGAAGGAUGUUAAGAGAAUUGCUAAAAAGAAGGCUGCUUGGGAUAGUUUUAAAUAA